AUGUCUACAGAGGAAAAAAAGACGGCGCAGAUUUCUGCCAGCAGUACAGAUGGCUCGGAUGAAGAAUGGCAGAAAACUGAACAUCACAAAGGGGAAAGUACAUUUGAGGCCAGGGAGGGCCAUCACUUCUACCGGCCCAUUGACAGCUACGAGGGAAUCCAUCGCUGGGAUCCGAACUUUCAAUGGACGGAAGAGGAGGAGAAGAAGAUCGUUAGAAAGAUUGAUGCUCGCGUCUGUACCUUUGCUUGUGUAACCUUCUUCGCUUUGCAGCUUGAUCGAGGGAACAUUGGCCAAGCACUGGCAAGUACGUUUCUACAGGAUCUUAAGAUGACCAGCAACGAUUACAACUUGGGCCAGACAGUCUUCCUAGUCUGUUUUCUGUUGGCUGAGAUGCCCUCCCAGCUACUUUCCAAGAGAGUUGGCCCAGAUCGUUGGAUUCCCAUUCAAAUGGUUUCUUGGAGUCUUGUUGCGGCUUGUCAGGCCUUCUUGAAAGGACGUGAGUCAUAUUUGGCCUGUCGCGCUCUGUUGGGAUUGCUAGAAGGGGGCUUUAUACCUGAUACAAUUCUUUUCUUGUCAUUCUUCUACAAAUCCAGCGAGCUGCCGAACAGACUCACCUGGUUCUGGAUCUCCUACACUGUUGCCGGAAUAAUUGGUUCAUUCUUAGCGUUCGGCUUCCUUCAUAUCACCGAUGCCAACGGUGGUGGUGCCUGGAGAUAUCUAUUUGCAUAUGAGGGUCUCAUAACUGGUGUUAUCGGAAUUGUUGCUGCGUUCUGGAUGCCAGCCUCCCCUGUGCAAACCAAGGGAGGACUACGCGGAAAGAACGGAUGGUUCACGGAACAUGAAGAGAAGAUCAUCGUGAACCGUGUUAUUCGGGACGAUCCCAGCAAGGGCAGUAUGCACAACCGACAAGCAGUAACCCCACGACGACUUUGGGAGUCACUCAAGGACUACCAUAUGUGGCCAAUUUAUGCUCUUGGUCUGAUCUGGAUGAUACCGACGACUCCUGCGCAGGCUUACCUCACGCUACAACUGCGAUCCCAAGGAUUCACAACCUUCCAGACCAAUUUGCUGACAAUUCCAGCGGCUGUGAUUGCGAUUAUCACCAUGAUGUCUAUUACCUGGAUUGCAGAGCGUACGAACCAGCGCCUGCUCUGGGGUGUGGGAGUGGAAGUCUGGAACCUCGCCCUGCUGAUUGCACUCGAGGUACUUCCUCAGAAAAGCAUGCCCUGGCCUCGGUGGGCGAUACUUACGCUCAUUGUCGGUUCUCCGAACAUUCAUCCUGUUGUGGUGGCAUUGACUUCACGGAAUGCUGGAUCUGUGCGGACUCGCACCGUUGCUUCUGCGUUGUAUAAUAUGUCUAUCCAAGUGAGCGGAAUCGCUGCUGUUAAUGUGUACCAAGUAAAGGAUGCCCCAUACUACAGAAGCGGGAACAAAGUUCUUAUUGCUUUGGCUGUUGUCGCUGGGUUCCUGUUCAUCUUCGCAAAUUUCUACUAUGAUUACUGGAAUAAAAAUAAUUCUGCGAAAUGGGAUGCUAUGACAAGCGAACAAAGAGAGAUUUACUUGCGUGAAAACCCGGUGUUGACUAACAAGAGAAUUGACUUUCGGUUUGCUCGUUAG